AUGAGGCUGCCGCGGCGUCGGCGCGGUGAGGCGAGCCGCGGGGUCGUUCCGGCGGAGACGGACGACACGGGAGACGCGUCGCCGACUCGACCGGCGGCGGAGUCGGAGGCGUUUUCGUCGUCCAGUGCUCGUUUCUUCGGGGGCAGCCGCUUUUGCACCGAGGCUUUCGCGGCGAGGAGUGCGGCGUCGGCGAGGUUGCGCAUGCGCGCGGAGUCGCGCGGGGUCCGCGCGGCGGCGCGCGCGGGCGACGCGACGACGAUCGCGGUCGUCGCGGCCGUCUCCGCGGACGAGCGGCGGCGGCGGCGGCGCGGCGGCGGCGGCGCGGCGCUCGCGCUCGCCGGCUUUUUCCGCUUUUCCCCUUUUUUCGCGCGCGGAGCGGCUCGGGCGGGUGCCGCGGUCGCCGCGCGCGCCGCCGCGGAGGGUUUCGGCGCGCGCGCGCUCUUCGCCCCGGCGCUCUUCGCGGCGGCGCCGGCGGCGUCGCGCGCGGCGGCCGAAACCCCGCUCUCGCGCGCCCUGUACGCAGCCUUCGCCUCCGCGAGCGCGGCGAACGUGCCCAAGGUGACGUGCCGGACGUUCCACCGCGUCUUGCCGUCCUUGGUGACGCACCGCCUGAUGUACGAGUCGGGGAUGGGGUCCUGCCGCGGGGCCAUGGCGUCGGUCGAGGCGGCGUCGGUGAAGCAGCCGGCGCCGACGCGGUGCCACGCGGGCGAGGCGCACAGUGCACUACGCGCGCCCCGUCCACGCACGACGAUGCGCGUCGCGACGUGCUCCCGGACCGGGCGAUGCCCGUCGCCCGCGCACGCCCGCUGGCGCGCGCUCGGGCCCCGUCGAUGCCCUCCGACCGCUCCGCCUCUCUUCGUCGGGGCGCGAUCUGAUGACGAGGCUUCUUCGACGAGGCGAUAUCUGACGAUCCUCUCGUCGUCGCGCGCCUUCGAGGGCGGCGCCGAUCCGUUCGACAUGUCCGGCCUCUCGGACGCCGAGCGCGCCGCCAUGCGUCACGAGUGGUCGCUCGAAUGCCGCCGCGCGGGCCUCGACCACCUCGCGGAGUCGUUCAAGAAACCCAGCGUGCUCAACCCCCGCGACGACGACGUCCUACCCUUCACGGACCCGAGCCUCCAUCGAAACCCAAUCGAGGCCGUCGUCGCGUCCGUCGCGCGUGAAGAUCUCACGAGCAACCUCGACGCGAAGCUCGCGUUCCUCAACGGCGAGGGCGUCGCGGGGGUGGCGCACACGGGCAACGGAAAAUUCGACGCGCACCUCGUGGGAGUCGCGUCGGUGCUCAGGGCGUGGGGGUGCGACGAUUCCGUCGUGGACGCGGGCCUGUUUCACUCAAUCUACGGCACCGAGGGCUUUCAGGGCUUCAGCCUGCCGUACGAACGCAGGGACGACGUCCGCGCGCUCAUAGGCGACCGGGCCGAACGUUUGGUGCACACUUUCUGCGUCGUGGACCGUCUCUCGGUGGAUAACGACCUCGACUCGCGACCUGAAAGUCACGGGUUCAAGACCCGCCCCGAGCUCUCUUCGCUGUUCUUCGACGACGGAGCCAACGAGGUCGCCGCGAUCGACCUCGACGAGGCGCUCUGGUUCGAUUUCGUCACCCUGACGCUCGCGGACUGGCUGGAGCAGGUGGAGGGCGCGUCACGAGGCACGAACGAGGUCUUCCAGUGGUUCGAGAGGGGUGACGCGUGGGGGUACCGCCGGGGCGCGUACCGACGAAUGUCUGAGAUUGUCGGCGAGAAGAUCCCGGCGGCGAGGGCGUUGUGGGAGGCGGUGUACGCCAGGGAGCACCCGGGGACGCGGCACAAGUCGCAGCCGGUGACGCCGCCGAUGUCGGACGCGGCGAGGAUCGCGCGCGCGGGGAUCGAGCAGCCCCAGCCUCGAUACCCGUGA